AUGAAGUUGGCAUUAUUUGAUCCAGAAACUGAAAAGUGUUAAUUGAAGAUUCGUUUAGUGGAAGGAGUUUAAGUUUAUAGUCCAAGCAAAGGCUACAUGGAAAUUAAGGAUUAGAAUAAAAAAUACUCAAUAAAAGAGGUUGAACAUCCAAUUGAUAAGUGGUUAGAAGUUAUAGAAAAGUGUAGAAAAAAUUUGAUUAAAAAAAAAUAAAAAAAACAAGAAAAAAAAUAAUGA